AUGUCGAUGAAGACACCACCAGCACCGUAUGGAGGCUCUUGGGCGGCUGUUUACUGCGAAAUAAACAAGAACCUACAUCGUGGCUUUGGUCGGGCGCUGACCCGUAUGCAGAGAGCUGCCCCAACCGUCUCCGAAGCUGACAUAUCGGCGUUCCUAAACUACAUCUCUGUUUUCUUGGAGGUUCUACACCAGCAUCAUGAACAUGAAGAGCAGAUUUCCUAUCCAGUCUUUGUCAAGUACUUUGGCGAACGAGAACUCAAAGAAUUGGAGGCGGAACACGGCAACUUCCAGCCGGCCAUGCGAGCGCUGGAGGACUACAUCUCCGAUUUACGGGUUAAAAAGGCUUCAUUCAAUGGAGAACAAAUAGCGCAUCUUGUCAAAAAUCUCGAAACUGUCAUGAUGCCACAUUUGAACCACGAAGAAUCAUAUCUGUGCACAACGGCGCUCAACGACAAAAUCCCUCAGGACGAAAUGUAUCGCACAUUCAAAAAUAUUGAAUCGAUUUCCAAAAAGGACGCAAAGCCAACGACUCACUUGUCGUUCUUGUUGACGCAGCUUACGACGGAGGAACAGAAUCAGAUGUUCUAUGAUGCGCCUGCCAUAGUGAGGAACAUUCUUUUCAGGAUCUUUGUAUGGUGGAACCGCAGCUGGUGGAAGUGGACCGAUUCCACAUGA